UCUAUAAAAUACGCAACUUCCAUGCAACCAUUGUUGAUCAACUUUAAAAUAAGAACUGCAAAUCAUCAAUUCUGCGAUUACAUUCUUCAUGAAAUACAUUUGAUUUAGAAACACAUUUACCUCUCAUGUUGGGAGCAUGCAAUGUUACUUCUUUUAAUUUCAGUCAGCUUUUAAUUUUGUCUUUAUUUUCAAGUUUCUCAUGGAUAUCGCACUAAUGGUGUCUUUUAAGCCUUUUAUUUUAUGUAACAGACACCCCCUGAGAUGUUCAGUAGUCCUGAGUUCAUCAUAAAAAAAACCCUUUUUAUUGCUACAAUUUUGUGAAAGUUGUUCUGUAUGGGCGUGUUGAGGUAGAGUUUAAUUACUAUGCACCAAAAAUCCUUAUUAUACACCAUUGUUCGAAACUUAGCAAUUAGCGUUGUGUGAAGCCGCUUUCUAUAUUGACCCCAUACAAUCAACGUUGACCAUUUGAUCGAAUCGUCAGUGACCCAAUCAGUCAACCAGUCUACGUUCAAAAGUGCUAAUAGAAACACCAGCCUCGAGCGCAACCUACCAAUGUACGACCCGGGUCGGUUCAUCUUCCCGAUGCGCUUCAGCAUGUGGGCCUGGAAGGUGUGCGGCUUUUUUAACGCACCGGUACCAAAGUCCGUCGCGUACCGCGUGUACUGCUACGCGUUCUACUCCUGCAUCAUGGCGGUGUACCUGUUUGUGCUGCUGUUGAACGUGUUCGUACCGCAACCGUUCGAGCAGCGGGUGUUCUUCAUCAUGUACAUCUUUCUGACCGAAACGGCCAUGAUCCUGAAAACGCUGACCAUUUAUCGGCAUUUCAACAUCGUCUGGAGCCUGUACGAAACUACGCUGGGGGUGUCAUUUCAACCGCGUGACGAGCAGGAACGGGAGCUGCAGCAACGAAGGCUGGCCGUAUUCAACCGGUGGUACUAUGCGUACAUCUUCGUGAGCCACAUGGCCGCAUUCGGUACCGGGAGCCAUUUGCUUAGUGCUGAGUAUCGGAUGCCGUUCUUUCCGUGGUUUUUCGGUGUCCCGUACGGGGAGGAUGCACACGUUGCGUACUACACGAUCUUUGCAUACCAGAGCUUCGGGAUGUACUUUCACAUGCUGCUCAACACGGCCGGCGAUACGCAGCUGUGCUAUAUGAUGCACAUGAUAGGCAUCCAGCUGGAACUGCUGGGAAAACGGUUUCGCGAUUUAAAUAACUCCGAAGAGUUCGAUCGUUCGUUUGUGCCGUUGGUGCAGCAUUACAACAAAAUACAUCGCAUGCUGUGCCGAGUACAGAACCUCUUCUCACCUGCCUAUUUUGUGCAGUUCAGUGUUAGCGGGCUGGUCAUCUGCGCUUCGGCUUAUCAGGUAGCCUCGAUGCUCAAUCUAAACGACUUCAGCAAACUGAUGAAUGUGUUCUACAUGAUGUCGAUGACGAUGCAGAUCGGACUGCCGUGUUACUAUGGCAACGAAGUAACACUCAAAAGCUACGCUCUUACGAAUGCCAUCUACUCCUCGCGCUGGUACAACAUGCCGCAAAGCAACAGGAAAAGCGUGCAAAUGUUUCUCGUGCGCACCAACAAACCGUUCGCAGUCGCUGCGUUUGGUUAUUUCAACUUUAACUUGCCCGCAUUUACAACGGUAAUGCAAACGGGGAAGAACAAAAAAGGGAAGGUACAACUUACUCUAAAUACAUAUUUUAUUCAUGUUCGUUGCAGAUUUUAAACAUGGCAUAUUCCGUGUACUGUG